ACGCUCUAAAGCUAUAAACAUUACGUACUCUUCCGUUCUCCAACAAUGAAAAACUGCGAAAAGAACAGUGUCAUAAACCAAAAUACCCCGAAAAGAGCCAAAACCAAAAGGCAAUGGAGCAGCAGCAAACACAGCAACUUGAAAUAAUCUCUGCAGGAAACUCAUUCACCAUUUUGCCUUCAUCAGCCCAAGUCGAGUUCCUUCCACCCAGAGGUGGAUAAAUAAGUUUACACCAAGAACCCAACAAAGAAGAGAACUUUCCUCUGUUUCUCAUCUCCAGGAAAUUCAUCACAGGAGAGUAAUCAAAGAAGAAGAAGAAGAAAAUAUGGUUCUGUUCCCAUCUUUCUUCAACGGCUUGGCGAGAACGAUGUCCUCAUCGUCCUCGUCGUUGAAGAAAACAAAGAGCUUGGAGAGAGAUGCCGCCGCCGCCGGCGGCGGUGGAAAAGAAGCUGCGGAGGAGCUGACUAAGGAUGCUAAACGCAAUGAGCUGAUUCUGAGCUCCUCUGGGAUUGUGAAGUCAACCAAGUCCAACAAUUUCGCUUCCGUCUGCUCUAGGAGAGGCCAGAAGGGUGUCAAUCAGGAUUGCCUCGUCGUUUGGGAGGAAUUCGGGUGCCAGGAAGACAUGACGUUCUGCGGGGUGUUUGAUGGUCACGGGCCAUGGGGCCAUGUGGUGGCCAAAAAAGUUCGAGAAUCAGUCCCGCCAUCUCUGCUCUGCAACUGGCAGAGGACUCUGCAAUCCUCUCUCAACGUGGAGAUGGAAUUGGGAGGGCUAUUGAAUCAAAAUGAGGACGACUUGAUUCUCCGCCACAGCAACCAGCAGCACCGGUUCGACAUCUGGAAGGAGUCGUAUCUCGAGACUUACGCCGCCAUUGAUCAGCAGCUGAAACAGAGUCACCCCAAGAUCGACACUUUCUUCAGCGGCACCACUGCUCUCACCAUUGUCAAACAGAGGAACCAUCUGGUGAUCGCCAACGUCGGCGAUUCCAGAGCUGUGUUGGCCACAAUUUCGGAUAACGGCGCCCUGUCAGCCGUGCAACUCACCGUCGAUUUCAAGCCCAAUUUACCUGAGGAAGCAGAGCGAAUCAAGAGCUGCAGGGGCAGAGUGUUCUGCCUGCAGGACGAGCCAGGGGUGUACAGAGUGUGGAGGCAGAGCGGGAAGACGCCAGGGCUGGCGAUAUCCAGAGCGUUUGGCGACUACUGCCUCAAGGAAUUCGGGCUGAUCUCGGUGCCCGAGGUGACCCAACUGAGCAUUACGAGCAGAGAUCAGUUCAUGAUCCUGGCGAGCGACGGAGUCUGGGAUGUGGUGUCGAACCAGGAAGCCGUGCGGAUCGUUGCGGCGGCGGCGACGGCGGUGGGGGACGGUGGUGGAAGGGAGAAAUGUGCGAGGAGGCUGGUGGAAUACGCGUCUCGAGCGUGGAAGCGGAAGCGAGGCGGGGUGGCCAUGGAUGAUAUGUCGGCGAUCUGUCUCUUCUUUCAUGAGGUUGAGCCAUCGCCGGGAGGAGAUGGUGCGGAGAGUGAGAAGAAGAAGUGUUUGGAUUAGGGCGACGACGGACCAUUUUGGGGGAUGAUCGGAUGGGGUAAAAAUGUACAGGGGAGUGCGUAAAAGAGCAGAGGUGAUAUCUUUUUAUUAUGGUUAAGGUUGGUUAAAGGUGUUAACAUUCGUGGUAUUUGUAAUGGUUUGAUAAUGUUCGUUAGUGAAUGUUGUUGUAUGGAAAAAGCACAGAUAUAUUUUGUUGGACGAUUGAUUGAUUCAAAAUACUUAUGAAAU